GAGGCGUUGUGGAGAGGUGGUGGGCGGGCGGAGCCGCGGCGCAUGCGCGGGCCGCGGGAGCUGCGACCAAUGACGUCACGUGGAUCGAUCGGGCGCACAGCUGCCCCCGCCCGCGCCAGCACCUGUCACCACGCGGCUGCCAGCACCACCCGCGCCAGUGGACCACCAGGCGGGUUCAUGUCUCGGGCCGCGCCGCCUCGCGCUCAUGUGCGGGCUAAGCUUUAGGACCAGAAACAGUCCGUCGCAGAAAACCUCCCUCCGAUGGGGCGACAGUUGCUCUCGGCCUAACAACUGACACUAGAGUAUCUCGUUCAACUGUUAAACUGUGCACCAAUAGUGAUGAGUCAAACAUAUCGUAGUAAUAAGAUGACACGUUUAGAUUAUAUAUUUUGAAUCGUAAUUUUAUCGGGGUAAGGACGUUGUUCGAAUGUUUAUAUAGAUUUACAAGUGAGAAUGAGUAACUGUAGAAGUGUUUAGGAGAGUGGUUGCGGCGGACGCAGUCGGAUUUUGAGUGAACACCGUCACCACCGGCCCCACCAUGAUCAACAUCGGCGGCGUGAUCUCCAUCAUCCUGUUCUACGUGCUGAUCCUGGCCGUGGGCAUCUGGGCCGGCAGGAAGAAGCCCAAGGGAGAUGACAGCGAGGAGGAGGUCAUGCUGGCUGGACGGUCCAUUGGGCUGUUCGUCGGCAUCUUUACUAUGACUGCCACGUGGGUGGGGGGCGGCUACAUCAACGGCACGGCGGAGGCCAUCUACACGUCGGGGCUGGUGUGGUGCCAGGCGCCCUUCGGGUACGCACUGUCGCUCGUCUUCGGCGGCAUAUUCUUCGCGAACCCGAUGCGCAAGCAGGGCUACGUGACCAUGCUGGACCCGCUGCAGGACUCGUUCGGCAGCCGCAUGGGCGGGCUGCUGUUCCUGCCCGCGCUGUGCGGGGAGGUGUUCUGGGCUGCCGGCAUUCUCGCUGCUCUGGGCGCGACCCUAGUCGUGAUCAUCGACAUGGACCACCGCACGUCCGUGAUCUUCAGCGCGUGCGUCGCCGUGUUCUACACGCUGUUCGGCGGGCUCUACUCCGUGGCCUACACCGACGUCAUCCAGCUCUUCUGCAUCUUCAUUGGCCUGUGGAUGUGCAUCCCGUUCGCGUGGGCCAAUGACCACGUCAAGCCACUCAGCUCCAUGGACGUUGAUUGGAUAGGACAUAUAGAUCCGGCGUAUUACUGGUUCUAUGUGGAUUAUGGCCUGCUGCUCAUAUUUGGAGGCAUUCCUUGGCAGGUGUACUUCCAGCGCGUGCUGUCCAGCAAGACGGCGGGGCGCGCGCAGCUGCUGUCGUACGUGGCGGCCGCGGGCUGCAUCCUCAUGGCCAUCCCGCCCGUGCUCAUCGGAGCCAUCGCCAAGGGGACCGCCUGGAACGAGACAGACUUCAAGGGCGACCUCACAGAGAACGGCGAGCUGACGGCGGACCAGACGUCCAUGAUCCUGCCGCUGGUUCUGCAGCACCUCACGCCGGACUUCGUGUCGUUCUUCGGGCUGGGCGCCGUGUCGGCCGCUGUCAUGUCCUCCGCUGACUCCAGCGUGCUCAGCGCUUCGUCUAUGUUUGCCAGGAACGUGUACAAGCUGAUCUUCCGUCAGCGCGCGUCCGAGAUGGAGAUCAUCUGGGUGAUGCGCGUGGCCAUCCUCGUGGUGGGCUUCCUCUCCACCGUCAUGGCGCUCACCAUCCCCUCCAUCUACGGGCUUUGGUCGAUGUGCUCGGACCUGGUGUACGUGAUCCUGUUCCCGCAGCUGCUGAUGGUGGUGCACUUCAAGAAGUACUGCAACACGUACGGGUCACUGGCCGCGUACAUCGUGGCGUUCGCCGUCAGGCUGUCUGGAGGAGAGAAGAUGCUGGGCCUGCCCCCGCUGAUCCACUACCCGGGCUGGGACCCCGAGAGCGAGGUGCAGCUGUUCCCCUUCCGCACCAUGGCCAUGUGCAUGUCGCUCUUCACGCUCGCCUUCGUGUCCUGGCUCUCCGUGUACCUGUUCAACAACGGCUACCUGAGCCCCGAGUCGGACUACUUCAACUGUGUGGUGAACAUCCCCGAGGACAUCCGGCGCGUGGACGAGCCGUCGGAAGCCGGCGAGCAGAUGUCGGUGCUGGGGGGAGUCCCGGGCCGGCUGUACGGCGCCGCGCAGACCCUCGUCGGGCCGGACGAGAAGUCGGGCCGCAUCAACCCGGCUUUGGAAGAUGAUGAUGAUUUAGAUGACCCUAAUGAUGGCCCGACCCCCCUGUUCGGCAGCAGCAGCGCCCCCCCGCCGAUGCAGCCGCUGGGCAAGCAGACGGCUUUCUGAGACGAUUAUUACCUCUACUAGGUGCUCGGGCGUGCUCGGCAAUGUUCGACAGAGUUCGGCAGAGUCGCCUGAUCUACAUCGAAUCACCUAGUCCACUAAGCUCAACCUCGUGACUCUUCCAGCAUCACAGUGGAUGGUGAUAGUGUAAGUCACUCGGUAUAUAAAUGCACACGAUGUCUUAGCAAAAGCAAUAGAGUAUCUAAAUGAAUGUUAUACUUAAUGUUUGUACGUAUUCUUACACGUUAGGAAAGCGACUGUUUAUCGCAACUCAUACAUAUCAAAUUGUGAAUUCUAGUCCUAAAAGGCUUUGCGUAAAUCGUUAGAGAUGAUUAUACCUAAAUACUUAAAUGUAUGUAAAUGUUUAUAUCAAUAAAAGAUUCCUUAUUUGAGUCAAUUAAAGUAGAGAAGAAGCACAUUAUAAUAUGUUUCAUGUUGCUUCGUAGAGUCAUGAACGUACGGUAGGGUCGACGCACACUUCGCCUCCACGAGACCAAAAUGUUUCAUCAAAAGAACGAGUUUAUAUUUUGAGAAUAGAGUGAAUAUUAUAUUGAAAGAAACGUACCUAGUCGCUUCAAAAGCAAAGUUAAGUGUUUAGACUCUGUUCAUUGUUUUUAUCAAAUGUUUAAUGAAUUAUGUAGUAUGUAUAGAAAAGUACAACUUAGCAGCUUUAAUUCUUUUAUAGGCGAAGCUUUUUUAUUGCGAUUUCUUGUUAUUAUUUAUUUAUGAGAUCAAUUUGUGAGAGUGAUCGAAUUUAUGGAUUUUUGUGUAAAUAUGUAGUAAUUUUUAUAUUUUAAUUAUCUUUAUUGUGUACUUACGCUUUUUGAUUAGCUUUAUCAUGAUAGGUGUACUUACCUACUUAAAAAUGUGUAUUAUUACUACUACUACUUAAAGGUAUGACUAUACCUGAUAAACUAGUAUGUUAUAUCUACGUGUGAUUAAUGUUGGUAAAUUAUGAAGAGUCGAUUUUCAGCGACCAAGCAAAUUAAAUUCACGUAUUGUAAUUAAUCAAGUAUUGGUGUGUUUAAAAUAAAAAAAAGCUUUUUAGAAAAAAUAUAUCAAAAUUAAUGUUUUGUAAGUAGUAUUACUACAAAACAAAAUCAAUAUUUCUUAAAAAUAUUUAUCUAUAUUAAAUAAUAAUAUAGUAUACAAUUUAAUUAUUAUCGUUCAAAUGAAUGUAAUCAAAACAUAUCGAGUAGAUGUUUAAGCAAAUUGUAUGUGUUUAUAUAAAGUAUCUGUCCACACGUAACAAAAUAUUAUAUAUAUCAUGGUUUUAUAAACCUAUAAAUAGAUAUUAAGUAAAUGGCUGGUUAGAAAACGCAUGUAAAACCUUCGCAGUUCAGGGAAUGUGAUACAUUCACUGAUUCUACGAUUACUCUUCACUAAGACUUAAAAAUAAACUAUACAUAUCAUGACCUGUGACUUAAAUAUAUAAUAUUAUAGAUACUAGAGUGAAAUGGAGACAUAUCAUUACGUGUAAGUGUAGAUUUAGUCCAUGUUGUUGUUCUUCGACCGCUACUUGGAGAUGUUUCUGCGCAUUUCAUGUAAAUACUGAAUACAUACAUACUCGAAUAAAUAUUA